AUGUCGACACUUGCAGAUGAGCUCCUGCAAGAUUUCGAGGACUCGGGCUCCGAAAACGAAAACGAAGAGAGACAGGAUGACGAGCUUGGCGUUGCGCCGAGCGCCAGUGGUGGCCUACUCGGCAAUGGCAACGGCCUGAACGACAUGGACGUCGACAACGCAGACGGCGCCGAAGACGAUGACGAGGAAAUGAACGGUAUCCCUCGGAGCGCGUCCGACGCGGUCGAGGAUGCCGAGGACGCCAAAGCCAAAGUCGAGAAGAUGCAACUCGGCGCCGUAGACGACGUCCGCAGCGUCGCCAGUCUGAUGCAGACCCUUGAGCCAGUGUUAGAGAAAAUCGCCCAGUACCAGUCGCAACCAGCGGCGUCGCGCGUGAUCGGCAACAUCGAAGACCAUCCCGAAUAUCACCUUUUGACGCAGUCGAACAGUCUUUCUACGCUCAUCGACGGCGAGAUCAUCCUCGUGCACAAAUACAUUCGCGAUCACUACUCCAUCCGGUUCCCGGAACUCGAAACGCUCAUCACAAACCCGGUGGAAUAUGCCAAGGUCGUGUCGAUCCUCGGCAACGGCCCUCUGGACUCGGAGAACAUCAAGGCGUUGCAGACGUCGACAGACAACCCUCUCAAAAGCACGCUCAAGUCUGUGCUUGACGGACCCUCGCUGAUGAUUGUCACCGUCGAGGCUACCCGAGCAAGGGUCGCGACAUGUCGGAUGAAUCUUUUCGCGCCCAACCUGACGGUCCUCAUCGGCUCGCUGACGGCGGCGCAACUGCUGAACGCUGCCGGUGGACUCACGGGCCUUUCGAAGACGCCGGCCUGCAACAUUGCGGCGUGGGGGUCCAAAAAGGGGGCCGGCGCCGCCGGCAUGGCCACCAAUAUCGGAAUCCGGCAGCAGGGGUUCCUGUACCACUCCUCCAUCGUGCAGGGGAUCCCCAACGACCUGAAAAAGCAGGCGAUGCGCAUCGUCUCCGCCAAGCUCGUCCUCGCCGCACGGGUCGACCGCAUCCACUCGAGCCCGGACGGCGCGACCGGCGAGGAGCUCAAGUCGGCGUGCCUCGAGCGGCUCGAGAAGUUGACGGAGCCUCCGCCUAACAAGGGCGCCCGCGCGCUUCCGGCGCCCGACGAAAAGCUCUCGCGCAAGCGCGGUGGCAGACGCGCGCGCAAGGCCAAGGAGGCGACGGCCAUGACGGAGCUCCGCAAGGCGCAGAACCGAAUGGCGUUUGGCAAAGAGGAGAGAGAGGUCGGCUACGGCACGGGCGAGGGCACGGUGGGCAUGGGCAUGAUCGGGCAGGGCAGCGAGGGCAAGAUCAGGAACCUGCAGGUCGACCAGCGCACGCGGGCCAAGCUCAGCGCCAAAAACAAGGGCUGGGGCGCUGCCUCGUCGCUGGGCGGCGCGGCCUCGUCCUUCCGUGGGUUCGGCCAGGCGGGCGCCUCGAGCAUGGACCUCCGUGGCAAGGGUCUCCGCACGUCAGGCGUGGGCUCGUCACUGGGUGGCACCGGCACGGGUGUGGCAUCGUCGCUGGCGUUCACGCCGGUGCAGGGCCUUGAACUCGUCGAUCCCAAGAUGCAGGCUGAGCUCAGCAGGAAGCGCAAGGCGGAAGAGGACCGAUGGUUCAAGGGGGGCACCUUCACCCAGGUCGGCGGCGCGGAUACCAGCGCUGGUGGCGGCUUCAAGAAGCCGGGACAGCCUCCCAGCAAAAAGGCGAAGACAGGCGCUGGCAUGAUGGCUCCCCCUCCACGCAAAACUUAG